GGUGGUACUGGGGGCGGGGUUUGUGGCGAUGUUGUCGAACACGAGUUUUUCAUUUGUGGCCGGCGUUCUACACGUCGCUUUGUUGGAGGCCAGUGAUGAUGACGUCACUCUCGUUACAUGGAUAGGGUCUCUAUACUCAUGUAUGUUCGCGCUUGCAGGCCCUUUUGCUAGUAUUCUGAUUAACACGUGGGGUUGCCGGAUAUGCGUCAUCGCCAGUGGACUGCUGGGAUUGGUUGGUUUUUCAGUUAGCAGCCUCGUUGUCGGUUCAAGGUGGCUGUUUCUGACGUACGCCUUGUUGGCCGGACUGGGUCAAGGUCUUGCAUAUACCGGGAGCUUGGUAAACUUGGGCUAUUAUUUUCGAGAAAGGACCAGUUUAGCCACGUGCAUUGGAAUCCUUUCCUGCGGCAUCGGCAACAUCGUACUUCCGGUUUUAACGCAAGCCCUGAUCGACUCCUUUCACCUAGAUGGCGCUUUUCUCCUAAUAGGAGGCAUCUCCUUUCAAACGUGCGUCUGCGGCAUGGUUAUGAGGCCAUCCAAGUUUGAGAGAAUCGCGAGAGAGAAUCGCAUCGAGAGAGAUACUACUACGAAUAGCGAUGCAUCGAAAUUGUCGUCUGCUUUUAAGCGAUGGACUCCAACUUGGAGACCGCUGUUCUCUAACUACGGAUUUUUGUUUUUCGUUCUUUCAUCGUUUUGGUUCACAGUAGGAUCAUCAACCAUCAAACUUUACCUUCCUGACUUUCUCAUCACACAGGGGGCCUCGCUAGACCACGCGGCUCUGCUUGUGUCUUAUAUUGGCGCUGGUAGCACUGCGGCCAGGUUUGGGCUGGGCAUAGCAGCAAGCGAUUCCGAAAUUGAUUCCGCCAUUUUGUUUGCCGGCGUGAAUGUUAUAACGUCAUUGAUUCUGUCGUUCAUUAUACAAAUUAUGCAAAGCAACCUGGGACAGAUUUUGUUCGUCCUGGCGUACGGUUGCUACAACGGCGGUAGCUGGACCCUCUUCAAUCCAAUCACCUACGAAUUGGUCGGGAUAGAUCACCUGGCAACGGCAUUGGGUUUGGUGAUGUUCACGUGCGGUGUGGGAUAUCUCGUUGGCGCACCUGCUGCUGGAUGGAUCUACCAACUCAGUGGAAACUACUACCACGCGUUUCUUUUCUCAGCCGUGGCAUUUUUCGUGACCAGUAUUUGUGGAGUUUUAGCAGCGACGUGCAACCAGCUAGCAGUUAACGUCCACACCAAACGACUCCAGCACACAGUUCAAGACAUUGAAAUCGUGAACUUGGGAGAACACGAACAAAUGUUGAAGUAAUCACCCUUUCUCACCACUGUUGCCCAAAGCGCAAAAUAAUAAAAAUGGAGAACAUAUGAAUGUUUAUAAAAACAAUUAUUAUUAAAAGAUCAAUACUGAGGGAGUCAGUAUUUCAAAUUUCAGAACUCGGACACAGAAAAUGUCGAAGUUGCGAAUAUUCUAACAUAACGCUGUAAAAUGUUAAAAGUAAGCUACGUGACCACAGUCAAUGGUAUUACAUGAAUGGUGUUAUUUCAAAUAAUUUACAAAGUAAUUACACACA